CCGGGUGGGUCACGUAACCGUGUCCGUCCGCCAACGCUGCGCGUCUCCUCGCGAGACCACCUGCUUUCUCCGCCGUGUCUCGCCGUUCGAAUCUCGCGUGCACCCGCGAAUGACGCCGUCGGGUCGACGCCUCGCGACUUCUCGAGAAUGCCCGCCGUCCACUUCGGAGCGUCUCCACGUGCGCUCACGACGCGGCACGUUCGACGCGCGAGCGCCGCGCCGGUGCGCCAUUGCGAUUAAUCGAUCCGCCGGCACGUGAAUCACGCACGGCGUCCCGCAAUUUUCGAAUAUUACCUCGCGUCGACUUUUAGCGAUCGCUCGAUAUACCCUUCGAGAUAUCGAUCGGGCCGCCAUCUUGCCGGCGCGCGGAUCCGCGCGAUUCGGGCAGUGCGCUCGUGUAGAUCGAGGGGAGAGGAGAGGUAGUUAUCAAGGGUGGAAAGUGUGUGGAAAUUUCGAGUGCGUUUUUACCCUCUUAGUCGGAUAUCCGGAUCUACCGAGACUGCGAUCGUCCCGCUGCCAGGGAUGGACGACCACGAGAUCCAGUCGACCGUGGAGUCCAUUCUCGGACCAGGGGUAAAGGUGGUAGAUUGCGAGAAGAAAUCUUGCGUUCGGGAGGAGGAGGUCCUCCUGAUCAACGGCGUCCCGAUCGCCCUGGAGGGACCCGACGGGAUCGCCAUCAGAGAGGCCAUGGUCACCGGCCAAGUGCCUCCUUGCGACCUGCUCAACCAGCUCCUCGUCAAGGCAGGGAUACUUAGGGCCCCGGUGCGGUUGGAGACCUCGUUGAGCGUCAAGUCGUCGAUCGUGACGAGAGAGGAGGUGACGGUAGCGAGAGGUGGAAAGAUCGUCGACGAGAGGAGUCGGGAGACCAAGGAGAACAACUGCUAUGCCUCCUCGACCAGCGAGAUCUGGGAGCCGGUGGGCAUCAUCCAUCGUCCUAGGAACGUAAAGCCUUUCGAUAGUUCUGACGACUCGAGGCCCAACUCGAACGCCAGCUCCGACCAGGGGUACACGACCAACACCAGCAGAGACCAGAUCCUGAGGGAACGAGGAGGCGCCGCCACCAUGGUCGGCUGCCCCAUCUGCGAGGAUAGCGACCCCGAGUGCUCCAGGAGGUGUCUGGGAGCUUUGGCGGCUCUGGGGUCCACCAAGGUCCCCGGGGUCCAGAGCACUACUUCAGCG